GUGUGUGUGUGUGUGUGUGUGUGUGUGUGUGUGUGUGUGUUAUACCGGAGCGUCAUAAUAACACGGAAUAAAUCACGCAGUCAAGUGCUUCCCAGGAAUGGAACGUCGCUAAUCAUUUCCUUGAGAGAGGACACAAUUACAGCGGGAAGACGAGAGCAGUUGGACAACUUGCGAAAGAAGAAAGGGCUUAUCGGUUUUCAAUUUAACCAUCGCCGCAGUUCAGUUCUUCCUGCUCGUCUCGAAAGUCCACGAUGAUUGGCAGUAUCCACACACAUGCGUAUCCACACACACGUAUCUACACUCUCUUCUUCCCCCUUCCUCUUUCGAAAAUACGGUAACAAAUUUCUGUGUUAAAUUUAACACGUCCAAAACGAUCCACCCGAAUUUUUGUGUUAAUUUAGUACAAGGCAAAUAUAUUAAAGAAAAUAAUGUUAUGUCAAAACUUAACAUAAAAGAAUUUCGCUAUUUUGAAGCGAAUUUUAUAGAACUGACAUAUUUAUAGUAUCAAAUGUAACACAACAAAAAGGUUCUACAGUGAGUAUUUCUACAGUUAAAGUACAGAAAAAUUUAUCUGAAUUCUAUUUAUCUUCUUUUUUAUUGCGCUGCCUUUAAAGUUUUGUCAAUGAUUUUAGUUAAAAUAUUCUAAAUUAAAUAUAUGUCCUUCGAUUAAUUCCAUUAGUAUCACAUUUGGAAAAUUUGUGCUUUUCACAAGUGGGAUUGAACUUGAGGAUUUUUCCUCACUAGUUUUCGGUAGAAUUAAUAUUUAUAAUAUCUAUAUUGAAGUAUAAAACUUGUAAUUUUAAUAAAAUUUGUAAUUUUAAUAUGGAAUAUGUUGAAUAUCAAUCAACACAAGAUAUUUGGAUAAUGCAAACAUAAUAUAUUAAGUUAACAUAUGUUUCAUAUUUAUGGGGAAAAAUAUUCACAAGGACCAGUUAUAACACAAAUGUAAAAUAUUUUUUACUCUGUAUAUAGAAUCGUGCACACGCGAGAACAUAAAUCCAUGUAAAGCUCCGUUUACAUAACUCGUAGAACGCAAGAAGCAGGUCGCAAACGCAAACUGAUGUAUCAGCUUGCGCAAGGCACACGUAGGGUACGAUCCAUUAGACGCUGCGAACGCUUUAAAGCGUUCAAAGAAAAAUCACGAUUGGCCUAUACGGCGCUUCAAAAUAUUUUCAGCGCUUAAUAGAUCGCACUCGAAGUUGCACUCGCGCCUUACGUGGCGAGUUGAUGCAAUUCAAACUUUUCAUGAAUGCGUUGCUUCUACGACACUGCGCUUACGUUAACCAAUCGAAAACGAUUUCGAAGGGAGUGUGAGAUCUUAUUUAUUUAUUUAUUUAUUUAACGGGAAUAUACCUUUUAACAUUAAGGAGAAAAACGAAAAUUAAUGAAAUUACAUAAUAAAAUUUGUAAAAUUACACAUAUGAAAGCUUAUGCCGCGGAUAAUUUGGAAAGUCUAAAUAAAGCCUUUAUGUAAACAAUCUGAUUCAAGGUAACGCUGAAAAGAAAACUAUAAACAUUAUAUCACGCAUCUUCGUAACCAAAACAAACCGAACCUAUUUUCUAUAGUCAGUAAAUUUACCUGUUACGUUGGUAAAUAUGAGUGUAUUAUAGUAUAUUUUGGGUCUUUGAAAGAACAAUUACGUUGGUAUACUCGCAACGGGAAAUAAUCUCGAAGAAGUCGAUAGACACAAAUAUAACUUCUUGCGUACUAUUUUUGCGUUCAGACAUUCGUCUCACACUGUGAUUUGCGAACUGCGAGUGAAUUUUGCAUAUCCUGCGCGUCUGCGGUCUGUAUAGAUGUGGGGUCAAGCUUUGGGACCUCACUUCACGUCGUUUCUCGCCUGCUGUCUUCCAACUUCUCAACGUCAACACUCUCGGCGGAGUGAUCGCCUGCAUUGUGACUGUAUCGAUAUUAUCUGCCGUGUGUCAAGUUGUAUUUCACUUGUAAAUUAUUUUUUUCCCGCGAGUCUAUCUCUCGACACCUCGUCCGUCCGUCCUAUCUACCAGCCGGCCUGGCCCACCAACGGCAACGGUGCCCCCAAAAUAUUUAUGUGCGCGCAGAUAUCGAGGUUCGAGCGCGUCGCUCGAUCGCAACCACUACACACGGAGCACCGUGGGCCGAUUAAUAUCAGACUGCCUGACCAAAUCGUGUUUCGAUCGGUCAAAAAAAAUAAUAAGUGAGAGGGAGGAAAAGGGGCCGUUAUAUUUGAAACGCGUGCACCGAGGGCGAUUUGCGCGAUCGUGCGCGUCAUCGACGAAUCGGGUUCGCGCUGAAUCCCCGUGAAUUUCAGUAAAUCGUGUCGCCAGGAUUAAUCGGGCGUGAGUGUGUGCGCGAGACUCGAUCGACGACGACGACGGCGGCGGUGGCGGCGAGAGUGGGAUCUUCUCGAGUAGUGGAACCCUCUGGAAUUCGGUGAGCAUCGACGACGGAAGAGGAACGCGCCGAGUGCAGCGCGCGCACGAAGAGGAGCGCCAAGUGGAAAGGGUCCGCGGAUCAGCCAAGGAUAAGAGGCGCGUACGCCCACGUGGAAGCCCGGCAGAACGUUAAAUGAAUGUUGUUGCGGCGGGCGUUGGCGAUCGUGACGGGCAAAUCGAGGGGGCACGGCAGGAUCGCUCGAUUUAAAUUCAUAGAUGUGCGAGCGGAGGGGCCGACAAUGGUGGCUCGGCUCCCGCAACAAGUUCUACUGCUACUGGUACUCGUUACAGGAGCGUCCGCGGAGGUCACGGGGAAGACCGAGGAUCCGCGGUGGAGCACGUACAGCGCCCGGAAGACGAGUCGCUCCUCAUCGCCGCGAUCCUGGCCGUCCUCGAGUCUGGAGCACGCCGCGAGGGAGACCAGACUCUCCAGCGGCAAGCACCCGGAAACUACUCCUUGGGGCGUAGAUAGGUCAAGUCCUGGGGCUCGAUCGGACUUGAGUUUCCUGGAAACGGUGACCGAGAGGUCCGAGGAGGACGAGGACGGGAAGGUGCAGUUGCCAAGGGGAAAUGACACCGGGGACGCGAGGAUCGCACAGCGUAACCAGUCCAUCUCCUCGAGGAGCGACGAAACGAACCAGACGGAUCCGUCCAAGUGGAUUUCCGUCGUGUCGUCGUCCCCACAGUCGUCGACGAUUGGCUAUCGACUCGCGAGGACGUCGUCUUCUGGAAGCUCCUACGAUAUAGUACCGACGCUCGAGACACGACUAUCAACCGAGACGUUCUCGCGCGACAACCUGAAAAACACGACGUCCACGACAGACGUCACCGUACCACGGCGUCACAUGAGGCACGUUACAGACAUCUGCGAGAAGUUUCAGGUCGGGGACGAGGCGAAAGGAGAAUUUUAUAGUCCGAAUUAUCCUGAGCAGUAUCCAAACCAAGUCGAUUGUGUUCGAGUCUUGGAGGCUGAUAAAGGUAUGCUAUUGAAGCUCGACUUUCGGGACAAGUUCAAGCUCGAAGACAGCCCCAACUGCCAUUUCGAUUCCCUCGAAGUACGUGACGGCCAGCACGGUUACUCUAAUCUCCUGGGCAAAUUCUGCGGCUCGAAUUUCCCCCCCGAGAUCACGUCGAAGACGCGCUACCUUUGGCUGCAAUUCCACAGCGACGAGAACAUCGAGGGCGAAGGUUUCAGGGCUGUGUGGACCAUGAUACCGAGACCAACUCAUCCGGGCGUACCACCGGAACCAGAACCGUGCAUAGUUAACGUGACGGGUAUGCAGGCGAUAAUUCAUAGCAACGACGUCAAAGACAGGAAGAUCCUGGCCGAGAAAGAGGGAGUCGCCCUGGACUGCAUGUGGGUCAUUCGAGUGGAGGAAGGAUGGAAGAUCCAGCUGACGUUCGAAUCUUUCAAACUGCAGCGACCGAACGAAUGCGAUGCCAACUUUGUGGAUAUAUUUAAGGAUCGCACGGACAUGUCCUCCAGGCAGAAGAAUUUCUGCGGCAGCAUCGCUGACACCGUCGUGCUUUCUAACAACAUCGCCCACAUGAGGUUCUACACAGAGCCGAAGGCCAUCAACAGCAGCUUUGAUGUGGUGAUGACUGCUAUCAGAGACAAGGAUAAAUCCUGUAGGCAAAACGAGUACGACUGCGAGGACGCUACGUGCAUCGCUGCGGAAUUGCAGUGCAACGGGAAGGGGAACUGUCGCUUCCGAUGGGACGAAGACGAGGCAACGUGCAACAAAAAGAAGUCACGACUGAUCGAUUCGCAGCACAUCGUCAUAAUCCUCGUGGUUUUCUCCCUAAUUAUGUUUGGUAUGAGCUUCGCCUUCGUCUUCAACUGCGUUCGGAAGCUCGUCCGCGAUCAUCGCAUUAUCCAGGAGCACAUAAGACAAUCCCGAGAGAACCGCUUGGACGAAUUGGGACGGAAGUCGACACCGUGUCCAAUCUCGACCUCCCGUACGGAUUUGCACGAUCGCGGUAGUGAGUCGCCGAGCUUGGAGGUCUUGCCUAGCAAGGAACUCAUGCCACCGACCACGAUGAUACCUCAGGAAUACACCAAAGACCUCGUCCUUGAGAUGGCGUAUAACGCGGGCGACAUUACCGAUAUUCACCAGAGCAAUAACGUGAGCAACGCCACGCAGGAGCGCCUACAAGAAACCAGCGAGGAGCCGGAGAUGCGCGACAAUUGCUGCCAGACCAGAGAGAGCCUCUUCGAGCCACGAAUGCCGGACGCAGUAGCGCCGCUGGGCUUCACGACCUUCGGCGUGCGUGCGCCUAGCUCUCAGAACGGGACCAAUCAUCACCAUUACCACCAUCACCAUCAUCAUCAUCAGCAGCAACAGAGCCCGCAGCGGUCUCACCAGACUGCUCAGCUGUCACAGUCGAGCUCCCAGCAGAGCUCGCAGCAGCAGAUCUCUCAAUGCUCCGGCUGCAGUCCGGCGUCUCGUGGGCGGGACGGCAGCAUGGGCAUCUGUCCAAAGCACAAUCCUAUACCAGCGCCACCCGGCUGGUCGACGCACGAGUCUAGCUAUCCACUGCCCAUAUCGCAGCCCGGCCAGUAUCCGGAACAAUUAGAUUAUCCGUCGUACCAGAGGUUCCAGAGCCCAAAACCCAGCAGGGAGCCCAGUGUUUAUCGACAAUCGCCGAAGCUCACGCGACAGAUCACCGUAGGCUCCGGCGAGAGGUACGGUAGUUCCAUGUACGGGUCUGGCCACGGCUCCAGCAACACCACCACAUCCAGCUCACAGCACUCCGCCAGCAUACCCAAAGGCCAGCCGCAGCCUGCGUCGGAUCCGCGGUACCGUGCUGAGGCGGUUAUCGAGGUGGACCAAAGGCGACCUUUCAGCAUAGAAAGCACGAAGAGUGCCCCGGACGUGAUCGCGACGCACUGACGUCGGAGUCCUGGGGAUUGGGAGCCCUACAAGAGACGCCAUCCCCGUCAAAACGCGAACGAUCGUCAUCAGCCGACUCGCGGCAACAAUGGGAACAAAGUGACCGUCGCCACGCAGAGCUCCCUCGACGACGACGCCUCGACGAGCUCCACUGUGGAAGCGAACUCCUCCUCCUGAUCCACGUGUCGCGACGCGACCGAUCACGGGAGAUCGUGCGAAAAGCCGCCAGUAGCCGGUGAUCCUUGCGAGCGCGAAUCUUUGAGGAACACCAGGUCAUUCGAGACCGCGGACCAUACUCACGUCCAUCCGAUCGCAGAGGGAAACAUCGAAACGUCCAUCUCUGAUCCAACUAGGUUGGAAAGAUCAAUAACAAGUGACGCAGCCUGCUUCAACUCGGCCAACGCAGACACCCGGCCGGAUGGUCCUCUCGCUGCGCAAUCAACUAGUUGGAUGACAGCUGGCGAGUCUCUAGUCUCAAGACCGUGGCGAGCUGAGGCGGCCUUAAAGCUGCACGACUUGCCGAUUUUGCGGCCGCCGGAGGGCUUCCGGGUACCCGUGUUCAGGUGCAGAACACCAUCCUUAUCCUGGCAGCACUGCGGCUGUCCUUCACACACGCACCUACCGCCAUGGCGAUCGUCGACCACUUGGAGUGCCUUCGAGCGAUGCGGCAUGGACCCUGUGUAUCGGACAUGGCCUAAUCGAGCUGCGAGGAGGUUCGGCCGACCGUCGAGGAGGACAGUCGGUACUCAGAGCUCAUUGGACGGCACUAGAUCGUCCCUCGGCUUCCUCCGAUGCGUCGUCAGGUCGAUCGACAUGACGGAGAGAUCGUUGGACCAGGAGAUCGGGGCCUCUAUACCUUUUUAGUGUUUGCUUUAUCGUAUAGUUCACUCUAUGGACGACCAGGUUCGCGAUGACAUCCCCGUGCGGUGGCGCGUACGUGCACGCCUCGGGUUGACAUCGUCUUUUUCUCGGGGAAGAAAGCGAACUUUCCUCUCGAGCACGGCGUAUCUCGACGUGUCGUCGCCUGAGCGACGCGGGUAUACAUCAAUCAUGUAUAUAGCCAUGUUUGCGAUACGUUACUAGUGUGUGAUCUUGGUAGACGGUAAUGACUGUGUAGUCGCGGUUGAAACGCGCGCUGCUUUGUUUAUCCUUAUGAAGGAAACAAAAAUAAGGGAGCGCGACGCGCACUCAUCGGGGGCCGGUUCAGGUAAGUGCGCGUGACAUCCUACUGGCAAUAUCACGCGAACGGACUUGCGACGGCGGAACAAUCGGAAAUCGUUCGCUCGCGACAGCCAUGUAUGUAUUUUGCCACGUGAGCAUCGUGGACGACAAUCGCUGCCUUUCACGUUAUCUGCGCGACGAACAAGUCGAGUAAAACGAGAACACGGGGGAAAAAACGCGAAAGAAAAACGAGAAAGAAUCGUUGCUUAGACUUCGGGCUAGUACUUAAGCGCGAUUAAAUCGAGUCGCUUGAAACAGUCGCGGCGUGCAGAAGUGGAGAAGAGAAAGAGAGAGAGAAAGGGAAAGAGAAACAGAGAGAAAAGGAGAAAGAAAGAAAGAAAGAGAGACGCGCUGUCAAUUCCAGGAGAAAAUGAAAGGAUACUUCUGCUCUUGAACUCACACUCCUGAAUAUGAAAUGUACACUUCGUAUAUAUUCGUCUAUGUUAAUAUUUUAUUUUAACACGUUGAAUGCCCUGGUGACGUUAUAAAUGCUAACGCGUCUCUCAUUAAUCUACGUAUAAGUUGCAACUAAUUGCACCUAAUAAAUUAUGAACAUACGGCCAUCAGAGAGCGAAUGAAAUCAGGUAAAUGAUAAGAGCGCGAGGAAAAUUUUAUUGGCUGUGUCUCUGCUUCUUUAAACAUUGAUUAAACUUUCGGACGAUCAUUGGGAAUCGCGACAGUUAACGUGUUAAUAUUUUCCUUCGCGAUUUCUCUUUCAGCUAUAUGGGUGCUUUUGUUUAUGCAGCGGUUAGCGCAUCCACUGCGUCUUUCAUCUGCUAGUCACGUAAAGUAAUUUACCGAACAGACUCUUGCGUAAACGACUGCUCGUAUUGUAUUGAAUCGUAUCUUCGAAUGGGAAUACUGGGAGAACCACCUCAUCCAAAUAAAAACAUCUGUAAGGUAUUCAUUGUUUUUUCAAUUAUAUUUUUAAGUAUAUUUUAUUUAAAAAAUUUGAUAUUCAAAAAUUAAAAUAAAUAUAGUACAUAUUCAUGACAUGAAUAGUAUUAUUCCUUUAGACUUAACAUAUAGACUUAAUAAACAGUGAUAGCUUAUUAGAUUCUGAUUUAUGGUCUGAUAGUUCUGAUAAAGAGCUGCUAAUAUUAAAUGAUAUGGUAUUGUUUAUUUCACUUAUUUCUAUUUAGUUUUCAUUGAUAUUUUAAAAGUUUAAAUAAAUAAUAUAUGUUAUAAAGUUAUAUUAUAUACGUUAUAAAAGUUUAAAUGAAAAAUAAAUGUUAAAAAGUUUUAAGUUUGAUUUAAAAGUUUUAAAGUAAACGUCACGUUGUUAUAAUAUUAUAUAUAUUAUACUAGUGUAUGUAUGUACGUAUAUAUAAAUUCAUAUCAAUUUUGUAGACAAAGUCAUUUUAUAGUCGGGAACGACUGCAGCGGAACUUGGACAUGAAACGAAUUUAUAAAAACAAAUUACAAAAAAUUACUAACAGAAAAAAAUUGCUAACAAAAAGUUCAGAAUUUUUAAAUGUGCUACAGAUUAUUUUCAAUUUACACUCUUGAGAGGUGUGCAUUUUUAGGUUAAUUUAAUCGCAAACAAAAAUUAACAACAGCUUUUUCAUUUCAUAACAACUUGUAUUAUUUUCGCUUUUGUAGAAUCGAUUAAAAUAAAUUUUUUUUUACCUUUAUGGUUACUUUCAACUUUUAACUUUUAAUAAACAUUUAAUAAACUUUUAACAAACUCAUUUUCAAUAUUUGUUAAUACAAGGCGAAAAGCGUACGCAUUUAAUACCUAAAAUGGCAGAUUAUAUUUGUUUGUUCACACAGUACUGUGAGCAUUCAAAACAAGAUUUUUUAAUUGGCUGCAUAAAUAGGAUGUAUCCCUGCAUAAACGAACAACAAACUGCGCUGUAGUCGCUUUUGCUGAUGGAGUAAACGAACGAUCAUCUGCGACAACCCUGUAUAAACGAAUGCACCCUAUAUGUUUAAUAUGCAUAUGAACAUCACGAUGCGCAGUAAUAUUACGCCAGUGGGGUUAAUGCCGUAACGCAUUAGUCAUAAAAGGAGUACCUCAAAAUUUGGAAAUUGAAGCAAUACGUAGACAUUCUUCGCUUCUUACCACAGUUUCAGUUUGACCUUUUAAGGCCAGGGAUCGAUCCCGUUCAAAUAAAAAAUUUUUUUCUUAUAAAAUAGUCUUAAAAGAUCCUCUCGAUGAAAUAUUUUAUGGUCCUAGUAAAAUUCAUUCUAUGACUGAUUUUCUGGACGUACAUAAUUAUGCAGAUUCAGGUUAGCACGUGUGCCCCAACUAAAGAAUUUAAAAAAUCUUAUAAUCACACAUGAUAAUGAAUACAAGAGUCAACCCUGUACUCGGCAUCGAUAAAAAAUUAAGAAAAAAAGAUUUGCUUACUUUCUUUCGUGAAAAACUUUACAUAAUUUCGAGCAUCAACGAUUCUGCUCUGCACACAACCGCUAUGUUAAUUUCUUCAGCAAGAAAAUUAUUGUUUCACAGGUUAAAACGAAAAAUAUAGCUCAACCUAAGAAUAAUAGAAUAUAUUGAUAGUAUUAUAUCGACGAUCAUCAUUUUAUAAUAUAAAAAUUUUACUAAUUAUUUUACUAAAUCUAAUUAUUUUACUAAAUCUAAUUAUUUUACUAAAUCUAAUUAUUUUACUUAAACUAAGAUAUAAAAAAUUUGGACAAGACUCAAAAUGAAUGUACAUAAUUAUGUAUACUAGGCUUUAAAGGGUUCCUGGAUCGCGGAUUAUCGUUUUUUUAUUUUAUUUUUCUUACAGCAAUGCCAUGUGAUUCCUGCUGGCGCAAUGUCACCGCGUUCGCGCGCGUUCUCCUCUUUUGAAACGACGAAAUAAUUCUCUCAAACUCGCAUCGGGACAGCAUAUUGCGAGACAAUGCACGCCUUAUCGAUACCGGAAAGCCGACGAAUUUUUGCGAAAUUUCGCGGGCCUAAUGGGACGUAACAUAUCGGGAACGAAACUCCAUUCGUUCAACAGCACCGCCGGGAGCAGAGAGGGAAUCGGGAGCUAUUAAUCACCCGUCAACCGAAGGGGGAAACAAACUUUCACGGUGGCUCGCGGUCUUUCCUACUUAGCCGCAGGGAAAAACGCGAGUAAAGUGGCCCGCGAGAUUUCCUUGCGCACGAGAUGUCAGACUCGACUAAUUAUUUCGAUUAGUUUGCCACUGGCUUCGUCAUCUCCCUUCCCCAGUAAACUGUCGGUGUCAGUGCGAGCUCGUGAAGAGGGACGCUCGAUGAAGUCCAAGUCCGCUGGAUUCAUAGAGCGCUGUCUUUCUUCGAUCAGCGCAUAUUCCUGUCACGUAGCAGGACUAUAUGUUCCGCGAGACGAUAGUUCUUCGUCGGCAAGGCACGGUGCAGCGUGCUGGAGAAGGCGUUUAAUAAUUCUCUCUAAGACCGAUCGGUGUGAUAGAAGAAGCCCGAGCCAACGUCAAAGUUACUGCGCGAUGUUCUGUGAAUCUGUCAAUUUCACGUACGGUCGUGAGCGAAAAGGUGUCCGUAAACUUGUGGGCUGAGUUUGUGAACUCUCUUUGUCCAGUGGGACCAUUCUCCCGAUGAGAAACGAAUCCUCUCAUUGGACAGAACGAAUAGUUCAUCCCAAACUCACGCCAAAAAUCAAGAGCAACACUUCUACCCAUAAUCGUGUUGCCAUCCGAUCGCGACUCGAGCUUAAUCGCUACUAAAUGAAAGUGCGAGUACUAGCCUUUUAUAAUAUAUCGUGUUAUUCGGCGAUACCUCGCGGAACGCGACGCGGCAUCGAUCGACAGACUCCUCCGAGAAGAAGAGAAAAGAGAAGGUGGAGGUGGUCGCGAGAAGGUGCGUAAAUCCCUACGAUGUUAGGCAAACUAUUUUUCCACGUGAUGAUUUCUGCGGAAAUGUGCAAGUCUGCGCGCGUUCGAUCCGACACAUGAGAGUUCAAGGAAUGCAUUUAUAGUUCGUAACGCACACACAACACACGCACGCCCAAUCGUGCCCAAUCCACAUUUCCGAUCGACUGGCGCGCAGCUGUUCACGGUCCUCUCUCCCGUCACAUUUACUUCUCCAUUAGAGUAUAAAUAUUUCAUCGGGAGUCGAAUUAUUACACUUACAAGCGCACGGCGUUUACUUUACUAGAGCUAGAGCUGGGUGUCUCUUGUGAUAAACUCGCUGAAACUCAUACGUGGACGCACUUUGCGUGCGGGAUAAAUGAUGCUUGCGUUAAUCGCCAAGAAACGUGAGAUUUAACGUAAGGACGUAACGUCCUCAAAUGUACGAGAACGCAUACUCAUUUAUACAACAUCUUGAACACAUUUGCUCCAACGAAGUUAGAAACGCAUCGAGUGGUCACGUUUAUGAGCCAUUGCCUGACUAGAAGUUUAUCCAACAGUUUUGUAGCUUAAUUCUGUAACUUGUUAACUAUCGUUAACGACAAUAUCAUUAGAACUGUGUCGUUGCGCAUCUUUUCUAGCAUAUAAUCUAUCUGCGCAAUGUUAACGAACAACAGUUAACGAGUUACAGUCCAAUUAUUGAACGCGCAUCAUCGAACUCUUAAGAAUCGACUCUAGUCGGAAUUAUUCCGUUAUUUCUAAGAUUUCUGUUGACUUUUCUGGGGAAAACGCAAUUAUUCCGAUUGGAGUCGGUUCCAAUCGGAAUCCAAAGGAAUCAGACCCAAAGAGUUCUAUAAUACGUGCCUUAAUCAGGUUGAACCUAAUCAAUUAUUUGGUUUGUAUAAAAUGAUGUUAUCGAGUCUUGGUAAGUGAUAAGUGGUCGUAAGUGAUAACGCAGUGUGGCAGUCAGGACUUUAUUAAUAACAAAGAUUGUUAAUAAUAAGGAUUUCGUUGAUAAUUAGAACAUUUAUAACAUUAGCUUAUACAAAACAAAUAAUUGGAACUAACUUAAUUAUAAUCAUAAGAUAAAUUUCUAACCAGAUACUUACGGUCUCUCAAUAAUCGAAUAAGACAGGAACUGAAGUAACAGUACACGAAAAUGAAUUCGGUCAAAAUAACGUGACAAGGUGUUAGUAGGAGAGUAUUCAAGGUUCAACCGUCGUAAUAGUAGUGCUCGAAAACUUGGAAAAUCUUGUUCCUUGAGUAUACACGAGACAUCUGACGUCACAAGUAGCUAGCAAUCGCGACCAUUUGAUGCGCUUCUAACUUCAUCGGAAGAAACAUGUUCAAGAUGUUCAUUGUGAAAAUGAAUGUACAAUCAGCACUUGGGAUUUAAGGGGAUGCCGUACUGGAAAACUCGUCAGAAUAUUGAAAUUUUUUUGCACAGUUUACAUGACUGCACAAAAUUACAGAAUUUUAUAUACUAAACGUACGUGCAACAAUGAAUUGGAGGAUUACUCGAUAUGUGAUGGAAACGAAAAAAAAUUUUAAACUGCUAUCUCGAGCUGCCAGAGUUCACGUAAAUAUUUACUUCACACAAAAGUUCUGCAGCUCGUAUCGCACGUGUGUGUUUGCUUAUUUAACGUGUGUGUUUGCUCCGUUAAACAUUUCAAAAAAACAUUUUUGUUUCUUUAUAGCUGAAUUUAGAAAAGUUUGAAAAUAUACGAAAAGUUUACAGAAAGAUUUCUAUGUAUAUAUGGUUAUGUCUCUCCUGUUAACAUGAUAAAACAAAGCAGCACACAUUUACAUAAAAUUUAUACGUGCGAGAAAUACAGAAAGAAUAGCCUAAUCAUAUUAACGUCUCUAUAUGAUCGACAUAUUUGUCUACUUGGGCAUCCUCUUAAUUAGCCGAAAUUACGCCGCUUUUGAUCGUAUUUUCUGCACGGAUGCCGCGGGCAAGCGUUUGAAAUUGGACUAUGGUAUGAUAACGCAAUAUGAUGACCGUGCGCGAGCAUGAUUGCGCAACGACGCACGACGGCUGUGCCGUUUCCGCCACAUCGUCCUUAGUGAGUCCUUUAUUUGCAGACCGUCAGAUCGAGUUAGUUAGUUAGGUUAUCCAGCUGCACUGCUGUUAUUCUUCCACGUAGCUAAUUCCUCUCGAAACAGUUAACAAACAGCGUUAUGCGCCGCUCCUUUGUCUAAUAAUUCGUAAUUGCUGCGUUGAGCGGGAUAGUGGCUCGAAAUCGAUAGCCAUGAGUCAUUCUUCACAUACCCAGAAUAACGAUUGACUGUUUUCAAACGUGACACUUUAGAUCUCCUCGAAGUGAAAUAUCUAAACGUAACAUUCAAUGCUUCCCCGUGUUUCCUUCGCUUCUUGGACCUCGAAAAAUCCAACUUACGGUUACUACAGUUCCAUAUAAUGUAUCGAUUACAAUGUUUCCUACUUUACGCUGCCUUUAUCGCUCAUCCGUCGGAUGCGCCUAUUAUUAGGUCUACUUAUUUAUAGAAUGACCUCCUUAUUUAACUUUUAACGCUCUAGUUGUAGCUUUAACAGGGAGUUUAAAAUAAUCAGAUUGAUCUUUUUUCUAGACCCCACACAAAUGAGAAUACUCUUUCACUUUGAGUCUGAACUUUUCAGAAAUAAUAUUCUUUAUCGAUGAAAGUUCGUAUUUAUUGUUUUAGAGCGAAGAGUAUAUAAGGAGAUAGGCGAGUAAGAGCCAGACGCUGUCGGUAGAGAGUUUCAUUCUUCACGAAGAACAUUGUUUUCACUAUAAAAGUUUUGUUGCAUUAAAAAGCUGGCAAACGCUCCGCCAACGGCGUCUGACUUUUACUCGCCAUUUUCCUUACGUUUGAUUGUAAAUCUUGACAGCCUUCUUAAUUGUAUGAACUAAGUAUAUGUUGUCAUUGAUAUUAGUGUCAUUGGUGUUGUUUAGCAAUUAUCGCGAAAAGUGUAGGAACGAUUGUACAUAUUUCACCGGACUAUGUAUGCCACGACGGGAUCGAGCGAAUCAAAUCUCUUUCGGAUGACCGGAAUAAUCGAGUCUCACACCGCUAGAAGAAUACAUGGGUGGUGGCCUGUACAUAUGUAUAGUCGUACAUAUCCGACGCAGCAGUAUUACCGACAAUAUCUAUACUUUGUUAAACGAGCGUGAUUCGUCUUCACGUGUCUCUUCGUGUCAUUUCUGCUGUUAAUGACCCGCAAAGACGCGUAGCAGAAUAUAUACACGCACAUACACACACGCACAUAUACAUAAACAAAAGCGCGCGCAUUACAUACCCCGAUGAGACCGAAAAACACGAUCGUGCGUGCGCAGACCGCUAUACUCACGACCAGAUCGCUAAUUAAUUAAAUUAGUCAAUUAAAUACCGAUGAAGAGCGUGAAAAAUCGCACCCACGUGUUAACUACAAUCGAGAGAGAGGGAGGAAGAGAGAGAGAAAGAGAGAGGGAAGAACAAAGAGGAAGAGGGAGAGAUAAGGGAGGCAAGAGCGUUUUCGUUUACGAACGUAAUUUUGGAGAGAUCAAGAUCCAGUACUCGAAAUCUCCGCUUGUGUACAGACCACGUGUUUAACGUAUAGAAUGGAAUGUACAGAGUGUACACAUUUGUAUAUAAAGUAUCUACAAUACGACUAUUAAGAGAAUAUACACACGAGACGGAUUGCAAAUAUAGUACUUUUAAAGUAA